AUGUCUUUUCUUCAUGCUGUUCCACCAAUAGGAACGCCUCAAGUCUUGAUACAAGCGGAUCUUGGCUUCUCCCUCUUCGUCUUCUUCGAACCAACGGCGACAGUCUUCUCCCUCUUCGUCUUCUUCGAACCGACAGCAACCACAGACUUCUCCCGCUUCGCCUUCUUCAUCGACGGCGACAAACGUCUCCUGCUUCGCCUUCUUCAUCGACGGCGACAAACUUCUCCUGCUUCGUCUUCUUCAAAUCUGUGGCGACAGCAAGCUUCUCCACCUCGGUUGGAGUCCAACUUCAAGAGGAUCUUGCUUCGGGUAAAAAAAAAGGUUGCAAUGACUCGGUUUUCAGUAAGCCAAGAGAUGAAAAUGAUAGAAGAAAUGCUAGGUUCAGGAGGAGCAUAUCAUAUGGUACCACGUGCAGACAAAAGAAAGGAGGUACCAUCUCAGCUGAAGGACUCACUGUGCUAAAACUUGUGGACAAUAUCAUCAUCACUGUGUCAAUGUUGUGACAUGAAAUGCAUUUUGGAUUUUAAUUUACCUCACAAAAAUUUCAAACUGUAUCUAGAUGGUGUGACAUUU